AUGAGAUGGAAAAACACAGCAAGCAAGGGAGAUGGAAAAACACAGCAAGCAAAGGAGAUGGAAAAACACUGCAAGCGAAGGAGAUGGAAAAACAUAGCAAGCAAGGGAGAUGGAAAAACACAGCAAGCGAAGGAGAUGGAAAAACACAGCAAGCGAAGGAGAUGGAAAAACACAGCAAGCGAAGGAGAUGGAAAAACACCGCAAGCAAGGAGAUGGAAAAACACAGCAAGCAAGGGAGAUGGAAAAAACACUGCAAGCAAGGGAGAUGGAAAAACACUGCAAGCAAAGGAAAUGGAAAAACACAGCAAGCAAGGGAGAUGGAAAAACACAGCAAGCAAAGGAGCUGGAAAAACACAGCAAGCAAAGGAGAUGGAAAAAAACACAAUGACAAGAGAGGGAAGUGGAAAAUCACAGCAAGCAAAAGGAGAUGGAAAAAAACAAUGCAAGCGACGGAAGUGGAAAAAUACAGCAAGCAAAGGAGAUGGAAAAACAAUGCAAGCGAGGGAGAUGGAAAAACACAACAAGCUAAGGAGCUGGAAAAACACAACAAGCGAAGGAGAUGGAAAAACACAGCACGCGAAAGAGCUGGAAAAACACAACAAGCGAGGGAGAUGGAAAAACAAUGCUAGCAACGGAGAUGGAAAAACACAACAAGUGAGGGAGAUGGAAAAACAAUGCAAGAGAGGGAACUGGAAAAACACAGCAAGCGAGGGAGAUGUGAAAACAAUGCAAGCGAGGGAACUGGAAAAACACAGCAAGCGAAGGAGAUGGAAAAACACAGCAAGCGAAGGAGAUGGAAAAACACAGCAAGCGAAGGAGCUGGAAAAACAAUGCAAGCGAGGGAACUGGAAAAACACAGCAAGAGAGGGAACUGGAAAACACAGCAAGCGAGGGAACUGGUAA